CGCACACAUCACUACACCUAACUGUCAAAGCCAAAUCCGAACUCUCUCUUUCAUCCGCUAAUUCUCCACUAUGGCUAGCAAAAAAGAAGUCAUCAACUCCUCUUCAAUCCCCACCCCCUUCCCCGUAAUGCCUUUUUCGGCUGCCGUGAAAUACAAUGGUAUGGUAUACCUUUCCGGAAACAUCGGCAUGGAUCCGAAAACGAAUGAACUCGUUGACGGAGAUAUUAAAGAUCGAACUAGAAUGAUAAUGACCAUCAUAACGAAUGUGCUCAAGGAUUCGGGUUCAAGUAUAGAAAAUGUGGUCAAGUGCAAUGUGUAUCUGAAGGAUAUGAAAGAUUUUGCGGCUAUGAAUGAGGCGUAUUUGGAGUUUUUUCCCAAGCCAGAGGAGAGACCUGCAAGAACAUGUAUUCAGGUUGCGGGUCUGCCGUUGGGGACGGAUGUUGAGAUUGAGUGCAUAGCGCAUUUGUAGGUUUUCAGGAAAGGGGAAGUGAAGAGGAGAAAGAGGGGUUAUUCUGCAGAGAGCAUCCCUUGCAUAAUUCAAG